AUGCGUCUUCCUGCGCCAACAAUAGCGCUCAUUCUCACGAUCCUGGCGUCGCCGAGCAGCGCACAGCGCAGGCGCCUCAGCGACCAACAAGCAGCCCUCAUGGUUGACGGCACAGUUUCGCAAACAGAUAUUCCGAACAUUGGCGAAGAAGCGAUGGUCCAGUCUAUUGCCCCUCUGAAUGCGACCAAGACGCCUAUACCACUAGCUCAACCCACGCCGCAAGCAAUGCCAGCGAAGCCAAUUCUGCCUAUAACUGUACUGCUCUACAGCUCCUCGCCAGGCCCGAAGGAGUGUCGCGGAACACCCAUCUUCAAUCUAAAUAUUCCAAAAGGCCCCGGGCUGGAUACUCCACCGGGCCCAACGUGUUAUAACGUGACAGUGGUGCCACAAGCUGAGUGUGGCACGUUUAUGGCCAAUAUGGAAGACGGGUGUCAAGCAAGGAUAUUUGGCGAACCUGGAUGUGCCAGCUUUACGAACCUUGCGGUCUUCAUGGAUGAGCUGAGGCCUGUCGGCGGCAUCAUCCGGAGUAUCGAGGUUCAGUGUGGGAUCAAGAGCGCGCAACCAGCGCCACUAGCUCUGAAUCUGCCUGCGAAGCAGAAACCUGCGGGGUCGCCAGCAAAUGGAUGA